CUAGUGAGAGCGCGGUUCAGUUAGCUACAUGUGGGGGAGAAGAGACAGCGCUGGGAAACAUACUGGACUUCAACGACAAGGAACUUUUUCAGCAUUCUGACAUUGCUAUAACAGUAUGGUCUACAACAGUAGCUUAUGAUCCGCACCUGAAUUUGUGAAGGAAUUAGGCAAACUAUUGGGUCCUCAAAACUUCGGUAUUUGUUGCAUAGUAAUUCACUGACUGGUAACUAUCGGCUACUGGGAAAUCGGCGACUUGGAGAGGAACCAAAAGAUCAAUGAGCGUUAUCUCACUCAGAGGCCAUGUGCACCAACUCUCACUCAUGAAGACAAUCGCUCUACGGGUUCUCUCUUCAUCUACCUGUACCUUUCUCUCGCUCCCUCUUUCACUCUCUCCCUCCUUCCCUCUCUUUCUCUAUCUCUGCAGGAUCCUGUCUGCAAUGUUGACAUUCCUGGUGCAUAUUCUCAUCAUCUCCCACAGUGCUGUGUUGGUGGAGCCUGUGGAAGUAUCCCCCCAUGGAGACCUUCUAGACCUCCCCUGGCAGACAGGGCUCUGCUGUUCCUCAACCCCAGCCCAACUUCACCACGGAGGAGAGGAAGAAGACAGGGGGUCUGCACCAUCUGAUACGGGGCACCCACACACCCUUCAGUGCCUCUUCAGGAACUUCACAAGCACACUAGGACCUCACCCGGAGACUGAACCCAGCAGAGCCACCUGUUGGGACAUCCUGUGCCGUGUUGAUGAGACCUGGGAUAAUGUAAUAUGUGAUCUAAAGCACCCAGCCACUUCCUCAGACACCUCCAUUCCUGGGUCAGUGGCACUUAGCUUGCAGCACUUAACAACACUGCCUGACAUUGAGGUUAACUCCACACAUGGGACUGAUUGUGUGGGAGAGGAUUCCAUCACCUGUUCUAUUGCUCUCCAUGUGGUCAGCAGUAUCGUCAUGGUGACAGCCAAUGUGUCCAACACCACAGCAGGUCCCCUGGUGAUGCUCAGCGUCCCUCCAAGGACGUCUCAGCGUCUCUGGAAACCAAGCCCACCACUGAACCUAACACACACCCAGACCACAGAGGGAGAGUUGAUUCUGAGCUGGAGCGACCCACAGCCCCAUGCCAGCCCUGUCCAACUGAGCUAUGAGGUCCGAUACAAUACCUCCCAAAGUACCUCUCACCCCAACUGGCUGCACGUGGACGUGUCUGGAGCCCAGUGGGUGUCUCUGACUGGACUGAGGCCUGGUCUGCAAUACACUCUCCAGAUCCGGUCUCACCACCCUGCUCUGCCUCACCUGUGGAGUGACUGGAGCCAGCAACAUCGUAUCCGUCUGGAAAAUGUGACAUAUCUCCCUGAGAGAGUGGUGGCCAGCUUUGGAGACAGCGUGACCGUCUAUUGCGUGUGCAAUGACCUCCGGGUGAAUGCCAGCACCAUGGUCUGGAUUCUGAACUCCCGUGACCGCCUUCCUAAGAGUCAGUACGCUGCAGUCAACGACCGUGUCAGUAAGAUAACGGUUCGACCAUCGGAGCAGAGACUGUCUGACACCCUGCAUUGCUGCCAGCCUUUUGGGGAGACAUAUAGCUGUAACUACCACUACUCAACGAUCUACAUUAAAGAUCCGGUCAUUGAUAUCAGCUGUGUGACCAGUGGGGAUCUGGACAGUAUGACCUGUAGGUGGAACAACCUACCUAUAGGUGGAAUCAACUUCAUGUCCAGGGUGGCCGACCUGUCCUGUGACGUCAUGGAGGAGGCGGAGAGGGUGGGUGUGCCAGUGGGUGUGGUCAGGCAGGCGAAGUGUGAGUCCAGCGGCUAUAGGGGAGUGAAGAGCUGCAAUCUGCAGCCAAUAAGAGUGACUUCCUGCUACAAGCUGUGGAUGGAGUCCAAGACGGACAACAGCACGAGGUCACAUCCUGUCUACAUCACACCUAUGGAUCACGUGAAGCCCCAUCCUCCCUCAGGCCUUGAGGCAGUGAGCAUGCCCAGUGGGGUACUAAAGCUGGCGUGGGUGCCCCCAGAACUGCCCAUCUAUGAUAUGCAGUACCAGGUCCGCUAUGCCCUCUCAACUGGCAGGGCCCAUCCAUUCUGGCAGGUCCUAGCUCUGCAGACUGAGUCGUGGGCUGAGGUCCUUGAACCAGAUGUGUGUGGGGUGUACAAUGUGCAGGUCCGCUGUAUGCACAUCAACGGCUCCGGGACCUGGAGUGACUGGAGUCACUUGCUCUACACCAGCACUCACAACAGCAGAGCUCCUGACCAGGGUCCUGAUUUCUGGCGAGUGUUUCAGGAGGAUCCAGCAAGUACGCAGACGAAUGUCACUCUUCUCAUCGAGCAUUCCCCCAUUGUGGAGCCAACCUACUGUGUGGAGGAACUUGUAGUACAGCACCAGGGCUCUGGGGGCACUGUUACUGAGGAGAAAAUAGGCCUGGUGUCAUCCUAUAGCUUUGAGUGGAGAGGGGAGGUCCACUCUGUGACGGUCAAGGCUCAGAACAGCCAGGGCUCUUCCACUAGGAACACCCACAUGACCCUGGAUAGACACCCCAAACGUCAGUGUGUGCGUUCGUUCAGUGCGUCCCGUGUGAACAGUAGUUGUGUGGUCCUGUUGUGGUCUCUGCAGCCCAACAGCAGUGUACCGUGGUCCCUGGUCGUAGAGUGGUCGGGUCAGAACCACCAGGACAGGCCAGAUCAGACCCCAGAGAGCAGGGAGAGGUGGACCAGGUUUCCCCCUACUGACAAGCUCCUCUACCUAUAUGGUCAUUUCUAUGACACUGAUGAGUACGAGUUUAUUUUGUAUCCAGUGUUCGCGGAUGGAGAAGGAGAGCCAGUGUAUACUAAAGUCUUUAGGGGCAGUGAUGCUGGGCCUGCUGCCUACAUGCUUCUGAUGAUCAUCGCCUUCCUCUCCAUUGUCCUCUUCGUCACCCUGGUCAUAUCCCAAAACCACAUGAAGAAGUUUAUGUGGAAAGAUGUUCCCAACCCCAACAACUGUUCUUGGGCUCAGGGGAUUGACUUCGGGAAGGCUGACACUAUGGAGCAGUUGUUCCGCCACCCAGAGGGCCUACCAGCCUGGCCACUACUCCUCGUCUCAGAGACCAUCUCCCAGGCCACCAUCAUGGAGAAGACUGGGCCCCCUACGUCAGGCUCAGACAAGGAUCUGAUCCCAGCCUCCUCCCCAGCUCUCUGUGUGGACUCAGAGGUGCCUGGGCUCCCAGAGGAGGAGGAGGAGAGCCUCCAACUCCCAGAUCUCCCCAGGAGUUUGGAGAGCUCAGCCCAGCCAUCAGUGACCUACGCCACCGUUCUUCUCUCUGACAACCCCCACCACCUCUACAAGCAAGAGGGCAGCCUCAGCAGUUCCAGCGACGAGGGCAACUUCUCAGGCAACAACUCCGACAUCUCGGGCUCCUUCCCCGGAGGCCUGUGGGAGCUGGAGAUCUCCCAUUCCGGAGCCGGAGAGUCGGACCUGGACCCACGGCGUUCCUGCUCUUACAACUCUGUCGAGGAGUUUUCCGAGAUUUCAGAGCAGGAGGAUGAGGCAAUUGGAGGAGAGAGGGAUGGGGGGAUAGAGGUAAUUGAGGAGAAGGACCUGUAUUACCUGGGGAUGGACUGUCAGGAGGAGAGUGAGGAGGAGGAGGAGGAGGAGGAAAACACAAGGGCAAUGCUUCUCAAAGAGGUGAUGGUUCUGGGGAGAGGGGGCUCGUCCGUUGAGUCCAUCCCUUUGCUCGGGAGUCAGGACUCUAUGUUUAGUGAGUACAGUGACGAGGGGUCGGUGGUAGGGAUGAGGAGUGUUCCCCUCUACCUCCCCCAGUUCAGAACUGCUCCCUCCAGUCCACUCAAAGCACAGGACAGCGCCCACCAGCUGUAAGAGCUGAUAGUGCUUCAUGUACUGAUUCAGUCUGAUGCUGCUGUUUAGUCCCUCAGGAGGGAGAGAACUCAGGAGAGACACAGACAAUGGCCUGUGGUUGGUGUUCAGUCAGUGAUAGGCUCAUCUAUCUGUGGAGGGCAUUUACAGAACCUUAGCUGUUUUUAGAUGGUGCACUAUUCCCAGUAUAGUACACUUAGAUCCCUAUGGGCCCUGGGCAAAAGUUGUGCACUUAUAUUGGACAUUUAGAAUAUGGGGAAAAGGCGUCCAAGGGUGCGAGGCGUCCUAGAUGCUAAGCCUCUGCCCACUUUCUAAGUAAUAGGAUGCCAUUUUAUAAGCACAUUCUCUCCGUCUACAGUGCUACUGUUCAGUCCACAGGAAGCCAGCUCUGUCACAUCUCGGAGAGAGGAGAGCAGAGGGUUGGAGGCUCCUUCAUUCAGUGCUGCACACUUUCAGGAACUAUUAUGCUGGGAUGAAUUUAAUUUGAAAAAUAGAAAAAAGGAAAAUAAAGGCCUAUCUUCUGAAAAGGUCUAUUUUCUUUCCGAUGGCUGCUCUGAGCUCCAUAGACUGUACAGCAUAAGCACAUGAUGGGAUGGUGUCUCAAAGCAGGUGUUAUUGAAUGGUUGGACUCUGGUGGAUGUUGGAUUUGGAUGCUUUUGGAACACUUAUUGUAACAGUUGUGGAGAAUUGCCUUUUAGAUCUGCAUUUGCAUUGACUGAGCCCCCCAAAAAUAUAUAUAUAUUUUCUUCGUUGUAUAUGUACUGUAUUUGAAACUUCUUUACGAUAUGUAAAGAUGUGCCAUCUAGUUUCAUUGCGUGCCUUUUUCCAUUGAAAAAGCUGUUGCUACUGUAUGUGUAUACAUGAUAAAAGAAUGUACAUUUUGACACCAAUGAAAAAAGUGAAAAAUACCAGUGAUAUGUAAUCCUUGUCAAGAUCUUGUGUAGUUUUCGUGGUCAGAAUAAAAUCUUUAUUGCCACGACUGUUGACUUAUUAAGAAAUGGUUGAGUUGAAGGUGGUCCAUGCUGAGAAAGAUCCCAUCUAAAGGUGAUUUGUCUUUCACCAUUACCGAGGCCGUCAGUCACUCAGACAGGGUGCAGACAGACAAUACUGGGAGACCCAUGAGCUGCCACUGUGAACCAUUAUUUUGUGGUAUAUAUCGACUUGGUUUUCUUGAGGGUGGGAGAAUACAGUUGCUGUCUGCUGUGACACAGAUUACAUACUGAGUUUCUGCCUGCUGUGACACAGAUUACAUACUGAGUUUCUGCCUGCUGUGACACAGAUUACAUACUGAGUUUCUGCCUGCUGUGACACAGAUUACAUACUGAGUUUCUGCCUGCUGUGACACAGAUUACAUACUGAGUUUCUGCCUGCUGUGACACAGAUUACAUACUGAGUUUCUGCCUGCUGUGACACAGAUUACAUACUGAGUUUCUGCCUGCUGUGACACAGAUUACAUACUGAGUUUCUGCCUGCUGUGACACAGAUUACAUACUGAGUUUCUGCCUGCUGUGACACAGAUUACAUACUGAGUUUCUGCCUGCUGUGACACAGAUUACAUACUGAGUUGCUGCCUGCUGUGAUACAGAUUAGCCAUGUCGCUAGGAAGGGACCUGGGUUAAUUAAGCAUGGCUUCACAGCAGAAGACAACCUUAUUUAUCAUUGAGAACAUAAAGAUCACAGCUGCUCUCACCUCGCUGGAGGUAGGCUAUAAGCCAAACAACAACACCCACCUGGUCCAUUAAUAAAUGUUCCUGGUUGUCCCAUUCAGAAUGGUCAGAAUUUAGAUGAAAGUAGAACAAGAAUAGCCUGGUCCCAGACCUGUUUGCUAUCGUUCCAACUCCUUAGCAUGAUGCAACAAACAGAUUGAUACCCAGGCUAGAAGAAGACCCGCUCAUAUAUAGAAUGUGCUGAAACAUGAUAGAUUGGCAUGGACAUCAUGUGAGAAACUGACAUACUGUAUCUAUAAUCUGAAAGGGUUUGGGAAUUGAGGAAAAUGUGAUCCCAUGGGAUAAUAUAAGAAAUCAGAAGUGGGAUAUUUGCAUAAUUUGUAAUUGAGAGCAGGGUUUCUUAAACUAUGUUUUGGGACCCGAAGUGUGCCCUGAGCAUGUGAGAGGUGGGUCGAGUUAUGAGUAAACAUUUAUGUUUCUUAAUUAGGGUCGUGUGGAGACGGUACAUUUCUCAUUUGAGUCUCGAGCUGAAAAAGCUUAAGAACCUCUGGGUUAGAGUAUUAUUUCCAGUGUACUGUAGCUGAACUACCAGGAGAGGGUGCUCUAUCAACAUCUUACUGUAACAUCUCCUCUUAGUGUUUGAUUUGGCUGUAACCAUGCUGG